AUGGAAGACCAGCUCUGGUAUGAGAGCACCCUGGGGUGCUGCAAUCAAUACCACAAAGGUCCCCAGGAUGCUGAAGACUUCCUACUCCUGCUGCUGGUUCUCAUUAUUCUUGUCAACACUGGGAUUAACGUGGCAAUUGUGGUGUGGCGUCGGCUCCAGAAUGCCUUAAGCAAGAUGAUCUGUUGGAUUAAUCAGAAAAAUGACAUCUUCCAGACUCGUCAAAACUCCCCCAAAGAUCCAAGUCAGGGCCCAGUCAGGGACGUCCACAUUCACUGCACCCUGGACCCUGUUGAGGUGAAAAUGGACCAAUCCACAUGCUGCUCCUCUUCUUCCUACCAUCUCCGCAAUCGCAACCCUCGUCGCCAACACUGCCGUCAACGCCGCCACCGUUACCGCUGCCGCCACCAGCAGAGGCCAGAGAACCACAGACAGUUCCGCCAUGGCCGCCCAGUCUUCCGUGCCCUACAUCGCAGCCAGAAGAUGUCAAACCUACGGCCAAUGGCUUUCUUGGAUCAGGAGGACCAGGACUCCUACCUGGAAGAUGAGGAUGACCUGUCCUUUCCACAGCCCAAGUACCCACAUAAGGGUUGGAGAGGACUCUAUCCAAGAUUGGGCCUGCCUUCCAAAGUGGGGCUGUGGGGCCGCCAGGGCGGCAUCCUAGCCAGUCUGCCACCACCUUCUCUCUACAUUUCCCCUGAGCUCCGCCACAUGCCCAAGCGUGUGGAGGCCAAGUCUCAGCUGAGGCUUCAGUCCUAUGGCCCCCGUUGCUCACAAUCCCGUAUUUUGGGCAAUGUGGAGGCUGAACACUGGACUUCGUCUCUACAACCUGCCCGUCGGCUGCCCCCUAACCCCUCAUGGGCCCCUGCGGGGCACAGCCCUCACCCCUCACGGGGCCACUUGCUGUAUGACUCCUUGGAGCAACGGUGUCGUGGUCUAGAGAGCUCUGAGCCCCCACCCGCCUUGGUGCCCCGGAGCUGUACCCGGCCAGAGGCCCAGGGCUACUGGGACCGCUGCUCUCCACAGCCUCACCGGCGGGGCUUCCCUACCCACACUUACAGCCAGCCCAACCACAGCCCCCAACCAUCCACAGGACACUUGACUUAUAGCUCACGGGAUCCCCAUGAAGUUCGGCGCCGGGCAGCUGAAUGGAAUGAGGCUCUGCCCACUCGACAUCCUCUGACCACCUCCACCUCCCUCACCAUGUUGGGCGAGGCCUCAUGCCAGCGUGGCCCAGCUCUGCUUCACCGUCCCACUCAGCCCCUAACUUCAGUCCAGGCUGCUGAGCCUGCCCCACCCACGGCUACCUUCAUCCCACUCAGUCGGAAUCCGGGUGGUAAUGCCAAUUACCAGGUGUACGACAGCCUGGAGCUGAAGCGACAGGUACAGGAGAGCCGAGCACGGGCCACCUCAUUGCCACCACCUUCCACCUCAGCCUCGAGGCCCUCAGUGCACAGGAGCCAGGCUGGAAAACUUAGCUGA